AACAGUACAGUGGACCUGAACUCCCUACUGAAAAUAUAAAUGAAGCCAGGCAGCAGGAAAUAGAAAUGUAUGCAGGUGGUAAACCCCAAAUCUGACGCUCAGAUUUCUAAACAGGGAUAUACAACAAAUGGGCCUGCAAAAUAUUAGACAUGAGACCUGUUCAUCCUGUGAAGUAAGGAUAUAUAUACCACGUGGUUCAUAAACUAGAGCAACCUCUCCUUUGGGACAUGAGAAAGGAUCUGAAGCCGACAGAUGUAUUUCCAGCAACAUUUUAGAUGAAAUCACUUUGAUAUGACUGCAAUGUCUUCCAUUCCUUCUCUAACGGAGAAGAAAAACAGUAGAAGACCAGUUGUGUGGCCAACAGAGACCCCAAGCUGGGGAGAUGCUCCAAGUUUCUCUUUUGAUUACUAUGACCAUGGGACACACAAGGAGAUUGGACCUUCGACAAAUCGGCAUGUUUUCGAGUUUCAAGAGUUAAAUGAUUUAAAACCCGUGCGACAGUUCAUCCCUGACUCCUGGAAGAGAUUCUUCAGGAGAGGCAGGACAAAAGAAGAACCUGUCACACUGAGGAAUUUGGAAGGUGUUCAUACCUCACCACCAGUUACACCACUCCUAGAUAUUAGCAGAGAAUCCAGUCUUGCGGACAAAAGCGGUUAUAUCGCAAAAGCCUCAAAAAGCAUCAACCCUAUUAAAGAGAUUAAAUUAACGGAAACACCACAUUAUAUGGAGAGGAGAAGACAGAUGUACACAAAUUAUGGAGAAAAGGUAGAAGCAUUCAAUUUAAAAUAUUCCUACAUGAAGUCUUGGCCCGGUUUGCUGAGAAUCCUGGCUGGAGUGCAGUUAAUUUUUGGUGGUAUGGUAUUUGCCUGUGUCUGUGCCUACAUCCAGAAGGACUACCAGUGGUACAACCUCUUUGGUACUGAACUCCAAAGAACGUUGCCUGGUGGCUACAGUUACUAUGGGCCAAUGACUCCCUUCGUAAUGGUGGUUGCCUGUUUGGCUUGGCUGGUAACCUUGAUCCUGUUGGGUUUGGGUCUGACCCUAUACUAUCGGACCAUUCUGCUUGACUCCAACUGGUGGCCUCUCACUGAGUUUGCUAUCAACAUCAUGAUGUUUCUUUUGUACAUGGCGGCAGGCAUUGCUUACAUCAACGAUAUAAACCGUGGUGGCCUCUGCUACUCUGUGUUUGCUGUCAACCCACUGAUGGUGGCAUUCUGUAGGGUGGAAGGGGGACAGGUUGCAGCCAUAGCUCUCCUCUUUUUCAACAUGCUACUGUACUUGUCCUGUUCUCUGGUGUGUCUCAAAAUGUGGCGUCAUGAAGAGAGGCGCAGGCAGGCUGGGAAGGUUAAGAGGAUUGACAGACCAAGGAGAAUAGUUUUUCAAGACGAGGUUCAACAAUUAGGGGACACCAAAGGGAAAGUCACCAAGACCAUCCAUUUCUCAGAGAAAGGCAGUGACUUUGGAAUUCUAAACCGAUCUGUCCCCACGGGUAACAGGCCAAAACCUCAUAUGAUACCGGAUUAUGUCUUGAAGUAUCCAGAGAUCCGGAGUGCAGAGGAGCAGGAGAAAUAUAAAGCUGUUUUUAAUGACCAAUACGCAGAAUAUAAGGAGCUUUAUGGGGAGGUUAGAGCUGCAAUGCUGAAAUUCAAAGAGCUGGAUAACAUGAUGGGCAAACUGACUAGUGGACCCCAGAGUCAGAAGGCACCAGACAGAGUUAAAGCCAUUGCUGAAAAAUAUGGGCAGAAAAAAAAUGAUCCUGCAUUCAAAGAAAAACGGGAACGGUGUAUCUACUUAAAAGGGAAACUGACCCACAUCAAGAAGCAAAUUCAAGAAUAUGACCGACAUGAAGGCUCUGUGUACUUCUGACACCUAAUAAAGGUCUGCAGCUAUUCAAGAGCCAAGUGUUUGCUUUAUGACAUAACUGAGCCACUGCAAACCAAGGAGCUGAUCAUAAAAUGGCACUAAUACUUACUAUACUAUUUAGUGAGAUUGUAUAUAUACAAUUCUAUAUGUGUGUAUAUAUAUAUAUAUAUAUAUAUACAAAACAAAAAUCAGCAAGUCUGAAUAACGUCAUUUAAAUAUGCAUGUUUGAAACACACUGCCCUUUACUUUUACUAGUUAAUGUGUCUAUUUACUAAGCCUAGGAUGGAGAUAAAGUGGACAGAUAUAAAGUACCAGCCAAUCAGCGUCUAACUGCCAUGUCACAGGCUGGGUUUGAAAAAUGACAGUUAGAAGCUGAUUUUUCUACGUCCACUUUAUCUCCUCCAAGGCUUAGUAAAUAGACUCCUUAAUCCUGUAUGUGUUGCACAACUUGCUUAUAUCAUACAGUAAGUAUAAUACACUAAACAGAGCUUGUGGUCUAUGAACACUUAUCACAUACCAACAACUGUACAUUAACGUACUAAGAUUUUCUGUCAUUGCAUCACGCAUAUAAGCUAAUAUAUUCCCCUUGUGGGUGUGUCUAUCUGGUGAAAUAACCAGUGUAACUUUAUACCACUGAAAAUGCACUUAACAAA